AUGAGAACCAGCAUCCUGUCUCUCGUGGUCUUGCAGGCCGUCGCAGUUUUCUCUGCUCCCGUGCAGGACCUGACAAAGGACUCGAUCGUCAUCAAGGCCGCGACAAACUACAAGCGCAGCGAGGCCCAUGAUCUCGCCAAAAACUCCAUCGUCAUCAAAGCAGCGGCCAAUUAUAAGCGCAACGAGGCUCAGGAUCUUACCAAGGACUCUAUUGUUAUCAAAGCAGCCGCCAACUACAAGCGCGACGAGGCAAAGGACUUGGCAAAGGACUCGAUCGUCAUCAAGGCGGCGGGCAACUACUGA